UAAAAAAAUUCGUCUCUCCCCGGGGGUACUCUCUCAACGAUCGUCCUGACCAAUUCCAUAUGUAUGGGGUGAGCAACGACGUAAAUGUGCUGACUACAUUACGCCGCUAUAUAAAGAUAGCCGUCAACCAUCCUAUCCCCACAGACCGUGUCAGAUCGACAAAAGGUUCACGGACAGACAGACAGACACCUCGCGUUACUCAUCGCCUUUUUUUUCCUUUUCGAAAACCGGAACUCAAAGUGCGGAAGUUUCAAGUUUUUGAAAAUCGGUUCCAGUAACGCUUCAAAAAAAAAAAAAAAAUUGUUAUUACCGAAAAUCGGUUUAACAAUCUUUUCGAAAAUCGGUUCAAGAAGCUUUUCGAAAAUCGGCUCAAGGAUCGUUUUCAAAAAUCGUUUUGAGAAUUGUUUCGAAAAUCGGUUCAAGGAUCGUUUUUAAAAAUCGUUUCGAGAACAGUUUUUAAAGAUCGUUACGAAAAUAGUUUCAAGAAUUGUUCGAAAAUCAAGAAUCAUUUCAAGAACUGCUUCAAAAAUCGUUUGCGGAACUGCUUCGAAAAUCGUUUCCGGAAUUGCUUCGAAAAAUCGUUUCAAGAACUACUUCGAAAAUCGUGUCAAGAACUGUUUCAAGCAUCAUUUCAAAAAUAGUUGCAAAAAUAGUUUCAAGAAUCGUUUCAAGAACUAAUUCAAAAAUCGUUUCAAGAACUGAUUCAAAAAUCGUUUCAAGAUUCGUUUCAAGAACAGAUUCAAAAAUCGUUUCAAAAUUCGUUUCAAGAACAGAUUCAAAAAUCGUUUCGAGAUUUGUUACACAAACUGAUUCAAAAAUCGUUACAAGAAUCGUUACGAAAACUGAUUCAAAAAUCGUAACAAAAAUCUUUUCAAGAAACAGUUUUAAAAAUCGUUAUAAAAAUCUGUUGUCAAAAAUAAAAAUUGCUCCACUAACUUUGUUGUAACAAAAUAGUUUUGAUAACAUUGCAUCAAAAUAAUUUUGUUAAUAUUGCAACAAAAUAGUUUUAUUAACAUUACAAGAAAAUAACUUUGAAAAACAACAUUGCAACAAAAUAAUUUUUAAAAAAGAAACAUUACAACAAAAGCAGAAUGUCGCUGAUUUUAAUAGGAAGCACAACAUACUUUCUAAUCGCAAUUCUGACGAUUGCCAUUGUAUUGAUAAUCUUCGAUCAUGUGAAAUUGAAAAGGAAGAGGAAUGAUUGCGGCAAGGAAGUGGACAGUGAGGAGCAAAUAUUGCCGGAAGCACCGGGACCAAAACCGUGGCCUAUUUUGGGAUCGCUGCACAUUUUGGGACAAUAUGACGUGCCGUACAAGGCAUUCGCUGAACUAGUUAAAAUCUACAAGAGUCCCGUUUUGAAAAUGAAAAUGGGCUCCGUUAAUUGCAUCGUCGUCAAUGGUCUGGAGAACAUUAAGGAGGUGCUCUUCAAUAAGGGCGCGCACUUCGACUCUCGGCCUAAUUUCACCAGAUAUCAUCUACUCUUCUCUGGCAAUAAGGAAAACUCGCUCGCUUUCUCCGACUGGUCGGAAUUGCAAAAAUCACGCCGUGAAAUGCUACGAGCACACACCUUUCCCCGUGCCUUCACAACAAAGCACAAUCAACUAAGCAGCAUCAUUUGCAAUGAACUCGAAACCCUAUUGGAUCAACUGUCACAAAAAUCCUCAGCACCAAUCGAGGCAAAACCCCUCAUUCUCCACACCUGUGGAAAUAUAUUCAUGACCUACUUUUGUUCAAAAAAUUUUCAACCCAAUCAUCAUGGAUUCAGCGAGAUGGUUAGAAAUUUCGAUAAAGUAUUCUUUGAAGUGAAUCAAGGUUACGCCGCCGAUUUUAUGCCAUUCCUCAUGCCAUUGCAUCAUAAAAAUAUGCUAAGAAUGGCAAAUUGGAGUCAUAGAAUUCGUGAAUUCGUCGAGGAGUGUGUCAUUGAGGAUCGUUUCUCGAGUUGGACGACGGCGAUUCCCGAGGAGGACUAUGUCGAUUGUUUGAUUAAUCAUGUGAAAUCGAAGGCAGAGCCGAAUAUGUCGUGGAAUACGGGAUUGUUUGCACUGGAGGACAUUAUUGGGGGGCAUUCGGCAAUUGGAAAUUUUUUGAUGAAGGUCUUUGGAUUUUUGGCUACGAGAUUGCAUGUGCAAUUGGAGGCGCAACAGCAGAUUGAUGGGAUGGAGAUUUUGGAGAAAACUGUUGGAUUGGAGUAUAGGCGGUCGUUGCCUUAUAUCGAGGCGAUUAUUAUGGAGACGAUUCGAAUUAUUGCGAGUCCGAUUGUACCACAUGUGGCUAGUCAGAAUAGUUCUAUUGCUGGUUAUAGAGUCGAGAAGGACACAUUCAUAUUCCUCAACAAUUACGAUCUGAACAUGUCCGAGGAUCUAUGGACCAAACCAAAUGAAUUCAUCCCCAACAGAUUUGUCCGAAAUGGAACUCUCCAAAAACCCGAACAUUUUCUCCCAUUCGGAGGUGGUCGACGCUCCUGCAUGGGCUACAAAAUGGUCCUCUAUCUCAGUUUCUCAACAAUCGCGAGUGUACUGAAAAAUUUCACAAUCCUCCCAAUCGAGAACGAAGACUAUAAAGUGCCAAUCGGAAAUCUUGCCCUACCGGAAAAAUCAUGGAACUUUAGAUUCGUGAGACGAUAAAAAAAAAAAAAAAAAAAAAAAAAAAAACACAAGACUUAAUUCUUCACUGGGAAUGUGAGGAUCAGAGCUUAAAUUAUUAUCGCCUACUCGUGAUGAGACUUAUACUUCACCGUGACAUUACUAGUUUAUAGCAAAGUGAUCGUCAUUUUAGGGGAGUUUCAAUUUUUUUUCACACAUUAACUCUCAAAUUUCCUUUUUUUUAAAGAACGAGAGAAAAUGAAAAAAAAAAAAUUCCACUUUGAAAGAAGAAUAUUUUUUUUUAAU